CUUAUGUUGUUACUUCGUUUCAGAUUUGAAAGGGCCUCGAUUUAGUUGCUGAGAGCUUUGUGCGCUUUUAGCUGGUCAUUAUCGAGAGCUACAAGAGUAAAAAAAAAGUGCACAAUUGAACACUGAGACUUCACAAAUCUGCUGUUUUUUCUUGCGUCGACAGAGAAAUUGAGUUAUAUGCGCAUUUUAAUUGUAAUUUGAAGAUCGGACGUUGAACGUUUGGACCGGUCGAUUUGACGUCGCUGUUGAAAUCUUGAAGCCGCAAGCUUGCCAGGAAGAUUCAUUUAGUGGGCAUAUCAUUAUCACAUCUGUUUUGCUAUACCGUCUGAUAAGCACAUUUUCAAUAUCAAAGAGUUGGUUGAAGGCCAAAUUGUGAAAAAAAAUUCUUAUUUGAAGGAAGUUUUGAAGAAAAUUGCAACGAUAUUUUUGUUGUGCUCUUGUCUAUAAGAAAAAGAGAGAGAUGGCUCAGACGGCGUCGCAUCCUCCGAAUGCGAUGGGGGGAUCCUCAGCUCCUGGGGGAGUUACCCAAGGCUCAACUGGGGGACUAGGAGGUGGUGCUAAUAACAGUAACAGUGGUGCGACCGGGGUGUCUAACAACAUGGGUGCUAAUUCCAACAACAACAGCAACAACAACAGAGAGACGGGGAGGGGAGACCAAGCUAUCAUAUCUGCGGAAUCGCAACAGGAAUUGCUGCUAAACCAGAAGUAUCAGAACUUGCCGAAGAAACAUCCAAAUCUGCUUUUAAACCGAAGAACCACCAAAUCUUAUUUCGAUUCUGGCGAUUACUACAGAGCCAAACAGACGCCAAUGUCCACUAGCACAGCUGCAGUGCAGCAGCAGCAGAACAGCCAACAGAGUCAGUAUUCCCCUUCUAAUCAAAACCAGCAGCAGAAACAAGACCAAAACAGUCCUCCUCACCCAGUCAUUAAUCCAAAUAACAACAACACCACUAACCCGACAGAUGCAGUCAUAAACCCCCCUCCUCCAGCAAUUUACCUGUCCAGUGGAGAGGUAGUCGCCGGGGCACAGGGGCUAUCGGUAGUCGGGGGUGUCCCCGUUCUUAUCGAUGUUCCCGCGACGCCCGCAACAGUCGAGCUGACGAGGAAAUCGUCCGAAAGACGACAGAGUAAACUAAUACUUGAGUCAUCCACCAACUGAAGGAAAAUUUUGAGGAAAAAACGAGAGAAGAACGAAAGAGAGUUUUGAACAUUUUAAUAAUAACGAUUGAAUAAAACUUUUUGAUCCAAAUAGGUGAAAAUUUGAGUACAACAAAAACUAAACAAUGCGUACGGAACUGGUUAUGUAAAAUAUUAGCUAAAUUAAUGAUGUAGCUGUUUUGGAUAAUUUGAAAACAAGACCAUGAGCGCAGUUAACCAUCUAGUUUAAUUUGUUAGGCAGAAUAUCUCGAUUUAAAUCAUCAUAAAUAAAAGAGCAGUUAAUUUAUCUAAUUUUUGAGCCAAAUCGUGCGUAAAUUCUUAAGAUGAAAAAAAUCAAACAGCUUAAAAUAAAGACACUAAUUUGAAGAAUUUAGUGCUUACCAACAGGGGCGGAUCUAGGAUUUUCUCGAG